UCUUCACCAGAGAAGAGUACCAGUACUACCAGACCUGCUCUCGCCUCACCCAACUCCGCCGCCGCCCCGCUGCUUCCAGUCUCAAAGACCUUGGCAAUCGCCGCCCCACAAACCCUAGCCGCUACCAUGGCCUUUCUCGCUCCCGCGGCCGCCGCCUCUUCCCUCCGUACCCCCAUCUACCUAGCCACCUCUUCCCGGCGCCGCUCCUUUCUCCCUGCCGCCGCGAAAGCCACCGCCAGUUCUGCACACCCCAUCCUCUCCUCACUCCGCAUGGCCGCCUCCGCCGCCGUCCUCCUCGCCGUGACCUCCCCGGCACUCGCGUGCACCCCCUCCGCGCUCCCACCCCCGCCCACUCCCCUCACGGUCACGGUGUCCCCCGAGGCCGACGACGCCAUCCCAGACGCCUCCGAGACCGAGUCCCACCCCUUCGAGAAGCUCAUCAUCGAGACCGCCUGCCUCGUUCGCAUCGGCGGCGCGGACGAGGCGCGCUCGCGCCUGGCCGCGGCCGGAUGCGGAGAGAGCUACGCCCGCCUCCUAGCCGCUCAGGCUCUGUUCGUGGACGGGAUGGUGGACGAGGCGAUCGCUGCCUUCGAGGAGCUUGCGCGGGAGGACCCCGCCGACUACCGCCCGCUCUUCUGCCAGGGCGUGCUGUACCUCGUCCUUGGCAAGGAGGCGGAGUCCGAGUCCAUGCUCGAGCGAUGCCGUGAGGUCGGCGGCGACGCGCUAAUUGUAGAUCCGGCAAUGAUGGUAACGCCGACCGUGGGCGCGGAAUCCGGUGAGGAGAAGGCAGAGCCAGAGCCAGCGGAGGUGUGACUGGUAACUCUGUACCGGAUGAUCUCAGAAUAAGGUAACACGCAUUUUUGUAACCAUAGAGGGAUACGAAUGAGGAGAGGGAAAAUUCAGAACAUGUUCCGGUGAUAUGAAUUAGCUAGAGGAAAAUUUGAAACGAAGUUACUGAUUCUUUAGGAUGUGAAGAUGUCCGUUUCACAUGGCCUUACUAAUAAAUUGAGAAGGCAGUGGCUUUCAUCUCGAUGAUGAUGAGCACUUCGAUUUGAUUCAUAUUCAGAUCCAUUGAAGCUUUAUAUUUGUACCUUAAAUUCCUCAUCCAGCUGAUGGUUGUUUACUUA